AUGAAGUCCAUGCAGUCUCAGACCCGAGACACCCAGCCCACCCGGUUCACUUCCAGCACGGUGAACAUCGACUCAAUGACACCACAAGUCUACGAUGUCGCCUACUCUCACAACCUCUCUCCCCCAUCGUCGGUGUACUCAACCACAUCAUCGGCACCGGCCCUAGUCUGGGACCCUCUCACCACCAAGCAACGAACAAACAUAGCCCAAUGGAUCGAUAGCACCCCUGACUACGACUCCAUAGAAGAGGAUAUGGAGAAGAGCAGCUGCAACAGCAGGGACGAGACCUUGGUUAACGAGGACCUCAGUCCAAUCCAACUGGAGGCUAUUCCACCGUUUCCACGAUCCAACCUCAGCGAAUCAUCCCUAUACCAACUGCACAACCAAUUGGCUCAUCCCCGCACGAGCAGUUUCACAGAGUUGAUAGACGAGGAUUUGAUCGACCCGCGUCUAGUUCCCGUGGUGGCUGACUCCGACUGGGAAGUCAACAACAGCAUGCUUCCAUCCAUGCACAAAUCAUCUCCGACUGUCUCCUGGAUUGAGUCCCCCGAGCCCGAAUUCAGCAUUGUGCUCAUCGUACAAUUUGUUUCGGAGACGGCUCGCAAAGCCUGCCGUGUGCUGCGGAAGAAGAAAUCCCGCGACAAGGAGUUGGAUAAAUAG